AGAUCGCUGGUAGAUUCGAAGAAUCUCUGACGGUCGGUUCUUGACGACGGAUCAAGCUCUAUUUCCUCUACCCAAAUCUGCGUUAUUAGUAUCAUCUAAUCCAUCGCGCAUUUAUCUGUUUCCAUCUUCUGGAAUCAAUUUUGCUUUUGUAAAUCUGAAAGUUUUUGAGGAGAAAUCAUGAAUUCGAACUUCGGGAAGAGAUCAUCGGGACCGAUCAAUAGCUUCGAUUUCGAUCUGGGACUCGGAUCGAGCCAAGGUAGACCUCUUAAUGGUCAGAAGAGCCAAACAUCUUCCUAUUCAAGCUCGAAUUCGCAGCCGAGACCUGCGUGGCAGCCUGGUAAGCCGUCGUGGACGCAUCAACCUGCACCGAAGCAGAGUACGAUCCGAUCCGAGAUCGGAAGUGGACCGACUUCAAUGGUGGGUGAUAUUCAUGGUAAGACGUGGGGUUCAGCUUCGGGAUCGGGUUCGGGGAUUGGGAUUGUGAAUAAGGAUCCUAGUUUGUUUGGAGAUCUGGUGGGUUCUGCUAUAGGUCAAGGUAAAUCUAGUAGAAACGUGCCGUUGAAGAAUGCACCGCCUGUUUCGGCUUCAGGUUCGAGCAAGAGUCCUUAUUCUAUGGGAAAUUUUGCUGAUUCCUUGCCUAAAUCUGGUAAUUCGAUGAAAACUGGUGGUGGUAUGGGUUAUAGCAGUAAUCCGAGUGGGUUUUCUGGUGGUUACACGAGCUCCGGUGGUAUGAAUUCUGGUGUUAAUGCUAAUAGUAGUCCAAAUCUUGGUGGUCCUUCAAUGAAAAAUAUGUCUGGGGGCAAUCUGAGUGGGUCUGGUCUUUCUUCGAACAGUGAUCCAUUUGGUUCUUUGGUUGGUUUCGGAUCAAAACCAUCAGGAAGCAUCAAUUCUGGAAUCAAAACAGGAAAGGUUAACAACAAUGCACAGAGUGAUGCUUUUGGGAAUUUUCAAGGAGUGUCGAACGUUAACAGUAGCGGUUUUGCGGGAUCAACCACUCAAAACAACGACUUUGGGAAUUUUCAGGCUUCGAAAUCAAACACAUUUUCAUCAGGCGGUGGCUUCAAUGCUUCAAGUGGUCCACAAUCUUCAAGUGCAAACGAUGAUCCAUUAGGAAUGUUCUCUAGUUCCAAUCCCUCAGCUACAGUGGCUACACCACAAACUGAAGAUUGGGGAUUUGAAAGUUUUGACGGUGGGUCUGGUUCCACCACCGAGCUUGAUGGUUUGCCAGCACCUCCACCGGGUGUAUCAGCUACAUCAGCUAAGAGCAAGGGCAUUGAUAACCAGAGACAAGGUCAGUAUGCUGAUGCCAUAAAGUGGCUCUCAUGGGCUGUGAUUCUUAUGGAUAAAGCUGGCGAUGAAGCUGGAUCAGCCGAGGUUCUUUCUACAAGGGCUUCGUGUUACAAAGAAGUUGGAGAGUAUAAGAAGGCUGUAGCCGACUGCACAAAGGUACUUGAUCACGACAAGAAGAAUGUGACCAUUCUGGUUCAACGAGCACUUUUAUACGAGAGCAUGGAGAAAUACAAACUCGGAGCUGAAGACCUAAGGAUGGUUUUAAAGAUCGAUCCCGGGAAUAGAAUCGCUAGAAGCACUGUUCACCGCCUAACCAAAAUGGCUGGUUGAUCCUUCAUAUAUACCGAUACGUUUCAAAGAA